AUGAGUGGUUUUCUUCUUCUUUGCUUUGCCUUGCCUUGCUCGCUCUUGCCAUGCUGCUCUCUUGCUCUCUUGCUUUACCUUGCUCACUCACUCACUGGCUCGUUUACCCUUGUAGGAACAGCAGCAGCACACCACCCCGCUGUCAAGUUGCGUACGCGCAGUGCAGUGCAGUGCAGUGCGUGCGUGCGUGCCCGACUCCGCGAUCGCCCGUCACUCACUCGCGCACUCGCUCGCUCACCCCGGCCGUGCCUAGGUGAUUUCCCAUAUCCCCGGCCUGCGCCCCGCAGCCCUGUGCCCCCUGUGGCGUAUGCGGUCCUUGUGGUCGAUGGGGUCCAGCCCAGUCAAGGCAGGGCUGGAGGACAGGGCUGGGCUGGACUGGCUGGUGGUCGCCUUCCGCACGCCCGAGCGAGGUUGUGGGGUGGGGUGAGUGAGUUUGGGUUGGAAAUUCACUCCUUCUCUGUCUACUCUACCAAGCUGUCUUCCUACCUCAUCCUCUUAACUGCCUCCACCUCCACCACCACCACAACAACAACAUCAACCACCACCAACUUCUCCCCCUCCAAAACGCCUCCAAACAGCUCAGCACUGCUCAGCUCAAACCAUGUCCCCAACGACCAUCCCGCCCCGCGACCUCACGCUGCACACGCACGCCCACAUCCUCCUCGCCGCAGGCUACUCUCCGCUGUUUGUGUCGGGGCUCGCUGCGCCCUCUGGCACUACGUCUACUACUACCAAAACCACAACCAUAACCUCUCCGCCAUCAUCAUCAACUACUUCGUAUUCUUCUUCAACAACAACAACAACAUCAACCACCAAAACACGACCAGACCCAACCCGCCCGCACCAACGCCCACACCCCGCGACCUCGACGCCUGGCGGCCCAGCUCCCGCUGCUGCGCCGCCACCACCGCCACCACCACCAUGCGCGCACCCCGCGACACCAACACCGCUAGCACAACUAGCACAGUUGUGCUCGCCACCACUUCCACAACAGCACCACCACCAGCAAAGACAGCGCGAGCAGCACCCCCACCCAAAACAGCAGCGCAUACGCGUGCACAUGUGCGUGCGCAUACGCAUACGCGUGCGCGUGCGUGUGCGAAGGCGGGUAAGGGUGCGGGCAUGGCGACGGGGUUGCGGGCCGUGAGGCGGCGAGAUGGGUAGGUAGGUACCCACGCGUCUGUGUGGGCCGGAUGGGGAGGCCGGGGACAAGCC